AUGAGCAUUCAACAUUAUUAAUCAGUCUUCGGCGACUGUGGAUCUGUUGAUCUGAAUUUGCGCUAGGUUGAUUCAUACAAGCUAUUAAUAGGUCGACAGAUCUAAUAAAUUCCAACAUGACUAUGAAACUAGCAUAUUGGGAUAUCAGAGGGCUAGCACAACCCAUUCGUCUGCUCCUGGAGUACACUGGGACAAAGUAUGAAGAUAAAUUCUACUCCUGCGGCGAAGCUCCCAAUUAUGACAAGAGCUGCUGGUUUGAUGAAAAGCACAAACUUGGAAUGGACUUCCCCAAUCUUCCCUACCUGGAAGAUGGAGACCGCAAGAUUGUCCAGAGCAACGCCAUUUUGCGAUACAUCGCCCGCAAGCACAACCUGUGUGGCGAGACCGAGGAGGAGAAGAUCCGGGUUGACAUCAUGGAGAACCAGGCCAUGGACUUCCGCAACGGCUUUGUCAUACUCUGCUACACUGACUUUGACAGGAAGAAGCCAGGUUACCUGGAGGCACUUCCUGGUUUGCUGAAGCAGUUCUCCAGCUUCCUGGGAGACAGGAAAUGGUUUGCAGGCGAUAAGAUCACCUUUGUGGACUUCAUCAUGUACGAACUGCUGGACCAGCACCGCAUGUUUGAGCCCAAGUGCCUGGAUGACACCAAGAACCUGAAAGAGUUCCUGAACCGUUUUGAGGGCCUGGAGAAGAUUGCAGCUUAUAUGAAGUCAAAGAAUUUCAUAAAGGGUCCUGUGAACAACAAGAUGGCAAAGUGGGGUAACAAAAAAGAAUGAAAUCCACAUAUAUGCAGUGAGUUUCUGCCACGCUGCACUCCAGCGUGGACAGUUCCAAUCAGUGCCAAAACUUAGUGGGUACUAAUUUUGUUCCUUUCAUGAGUAGUCAAGCCACAACACUUGAAUCAGACAUCAUCUAUACUGUGCGAUAGAGAAUGACUUCUGGUUAGUUGCAAAGGUUUCCUUUGGGCACUAUUAACAAUCCUCAAACAAUCAAGCUUUUAGUUCGUUAAAUUUUUAUAACAUUUAUAGGACUGAAGUAAUACAAAAUUGGUGGUCUUGAGUAUUUUUUGUAACGGGUCCUAUUUUGGUUAAUAAAGGUUGUUUUUCGGCAA